ACAGACUGACUGUAAUGUGUCCGUGAACGGUCACACACAUAUUUCAGCGACGAGCUGCGGACACAUUUUUCAAACCUUAAGACUGAAAUUGAGAAGGUGGAGAUGGCUGGCGGCCGCGGACACGAAGAGCUGUUUGACAGUAUUUUCCUCGCGGAUGAAAGGUUCCGAGGGGAGGGCUACAAGGAGGGAUUUGAAAGAGGAAAAUGCAGAGGAUUGCAGGAGGGCCAUAGACAUGGGGCCUCUCAUGGGGCCAAGUUGUCAACUGAGAUUUCCUUCUAUAAUGGGUUUGCCAUCACAUGGAAGUGCCUUCUCCAAAAUAAAACAGAUGUCAAAUCAAGAAAGCGUAUAAAAACUCUGGAGGCUUUCUUGGGUUUAAUCCAAAACUCUCCUCACGAUGAUCCACAGUCUGCGACACUACAGGAGGAAAUGGAGAAGCUUCGGGCCAAGUUCAGACAGGUCUGCUCGAUGUUGAAUGUCCCAACUGACUUCAAGGAUCACAUCAAAACCUCCCAAGGGACUUCUUUCUGAAUCAGUCUUGAUCGUGAUGAUGAGGAGGAGGAGGAGCUGAGAGGACACCUGCCAUCCGGACAGAGGAGAAUCAGGAUGAGCUGCUCUCAGUCAACAGUCCCGCUGUUCGUCUCACAGGAGGCAGCAGCAGGUGACUGGUCUGUGGUGGAUUUAUUGUGUAAAGCAGUGACAGCAAAGGAUUGGUCUCUGCUCUCAGGUUCUGGUGACAUUUGGAGAAGUCCUAGGUCCUCAUUAAUCUCGAUCAGUAAGAAGAGAUGACUGUUGUUAUCUGUAGGGGGAAUCUUUGUUUGUAACUUUGUUAAAAGACUGGAUUAAUUGCAGUGGCUCAGUGUGUUACAGGACCUGAAUUGAGAACCAAUAAAUGUAAUAAACCGACUGCAAGACAUUGAGUUGUUUUAAACACAAUUUCUUCUUCGAUGUCCAUUUUCAGAGAUUUGCCUUAAUGAAACUUUUAAUAAUUUUCAAUUGUGUAGGAUCACAAUAUGUUUUCUUUUAGGUACUUUUUUUUUAGGUGAUAUUAAGAAUAUUCUUUUUUUCUACUUUAUAACACACUACAAGCAACAUUUAAAUAUGUUGUAUCAUCCAAAACAGGUUCAAGAAAUGUAUCUUAAGUUUAUGUUCAUUUUGGUGAGAUUUAUUACCAAUUUCAUAUCUGGGAUUUUGCACUGUUGGGUUGACAGAAUGAGCACUCUGCAUAUGUUUGUUCUUAAAUUGUUUGAUCAAAUGAUUUCAUCAAGAAGAAAAUGAGUCCUUACAUUAAUAAAGAAUUCUUCAUCUCCUACACACAGCA